AUGGAAAGAGCGUCCCAGCGAUGGAAGGAGCAGCACCGCGCGCCAUCUCCUACCUGGCUACCGGCAUCUCCUCACUUCAUCUUUUCCUCUCCUCAAAGACUGCGUUUUGGGCUCGUAGCAAUGGAUUCUAAUCACCUGUGGCCAGCAGGCGGCAUUAUUGCCACACUUUUGUCUCCCUUUGGGCCAGCUAUGGGCGACAGGCUGGUUGGGUGGUUGUGGAGGAUGUUUGGGGGUGAGGGUACGCCUUCUAGCCAGCGGGAGGUGGUGCCAGAGGUCGGUGUGAAUGCUGGUGCUGCUACGAUGAUUCGUGAUGCUGUGCGUGCGGGUAUUGAGGAAGGUCUUGCGACCGACGGCAGAGUCUCCCAACUGACUGAGGACGUGCGCAGACAGCGUGAGCAGAUUCAACAUCUGGCCGCUGAAAACGAGCGUCUUCGGAAUGACGUUCGGAGUCUUCGGAAUGACAUUCGAAGUCUUCAAGCCAGCACCUAUACUAUCACAAGCACCAUCACGCGUCAUGCUGGCUGA